GAAAGACGACGCAAAGGGAAAAGAUAGAGAGGAAAUAAAUAUGAUGUGGCGCUCAGAGAGAUGAACAGAACCCUUGAGAAGUGUGUACAGAACUCCAAAGCGUCAUGUCUUCUCCUGGAAUGUGCACGCCCAGUGACCUCCUCUUAGCCAGCCCUGGGAGAGACGGCUUCGCGACAGCCCAAAGUGACACAUGGAGACCGUCCCUUCCCAAAACUUGCAGUUUCCCGACAUCCACCACACGCCACCUCAGCCAUCGGGCCAACAGCUUCCAGAGGCAUCCGAAACGGCAGAAGCUCAUCCGUCCAUCUCCACCCCCGCCACCCAACACACCUUGCCCUCUGGAGCAGCUGGCCCUCAGUGAUCUGCCUCCACGCCGCACUUUCCCUGAGCUCCUUUUCAAUGGCUGCAUCCUGUUUGGUAUCGAGUUCAGCUAUGCCAUGGAGACGGCCUACGUUACCCCUUUACUCCUUCAGAUGGGUCUACCUGAUCAGUUCUACAGUCUGGUGUGGUUCAUCAGCCCCAUAUUAGGAUUUAUGCUUCAGCCAAUCCUCGGAGCGUGCAGUGAUCGGUGUACAUCACGGUUUGGUCGCCGGAGGCCUUUUAUUCUUGUAUUAGCCAUCGGCGCACUGCUUGGUCUAACGCUGGUGCUAAACGGCCGGGACAUUGGAUCUGCGUUAACAGACACUGCUCUUAAUCACAAGUGGGGCAUUAUACUGACGGUGUGUGGAGUGGUUCUUAUGGACUUCAGUGCUGACUCAGCAGAUAAUCCCAGCCAUGCCUACAUGAUGGAUGUGUGCAGUCCAGAGGAUCAGGACAGAGGCCUCAACAUUCACGCACUCCUGGCAGGCCUGGGAGGUGGAUUCGGCUACAUCGUAGGCGGGGUUAACUGGGACCACACAGAGUUCGGCAAGUCGAUGGGCGGUCAGCUUCGAGUCAUCUACCUGUUCACCAGCAUAACUCUUGUAAUCACUACAGCUCUGACACUAACCAGUAUUCCAGAGCGUCCUCUUUUGCAGUCUCAAAAAACGAGCUCAAAACAUUUGAAGAGUCCCAUCCUACCUUUACCACCUUCUCCUCCUCCACCCGCUGGAGCCCUUCAUGACGAGGACGAGGAGGAGCAAGGUCUCUACAGCUACCAGUUCUCCGAUCGCCGGUACCCGGAUAGUUUGGGACAUUCGUGCAGUGCUAACGCCAGACUUUGUGCAGGUCUCACCAGCCCUAUCUCCCCUCUCAGCCCUCUGACACCCAAAUAUGGCAGCUUUAUUAGCCGAGACAACACUCUGACAGACAUUAACGAGUUUGCAUCCUCCUUGGGUACAUCAUACAUAGAUAGCGUGCUGAUUGACUGUUACACUGGACAGCACAUGCCCCAACUGUUGAAGCCCGAGACCAUGACUCCAUCUCUUCCUAUGGGAGAAACUUCCCCUGCUCAGGUGUCGCAGCUGGUCGAGGCACAUUCUCCAGCUUCCAGCUCUCAGGAAAGGGAAUUAUCUCAACCGAACGGAGAUCUGCAGGAAGCGGAAAGAUUAGAGGCAAUUGAUGAAGUUCAGGCCAGGGAGUGUUUGGAGUUGAAUAAUGCAUCUGAGCUCAGUGAGGCUCCACAGGAUGGCAGUGAAUUAAAACGAGGAAGCAGCACCUCAGGGAUCCUGAAACGCCCUCAAAGCUUGGCCUUGAUGGACGAGCCACUAACUGGCCCCAGCAAUGGCCUGGAGAAUGGGCGUAGACGCACAGUUACCUUCAGCCAACAGGUUGCCAACAUCCUGCUAAAUGGGGUGCAAUAUGACAGCAAGCUGAGUGAAAACACAGAAGUUAUAGACACUCAGAUGUCUCUAAAGUUGCUCUGCAUCGCCAUCUACAGGAUGCCCCCGUCCUUGCGCAGCCUGUGCACCAACCACUUCCUGGGUUGGCUGUCUUUCGAAGGCAUGCUGCUUUUCUACACUGACUUCAUGGGCGAGGUGGUGUUUGGGGGCGACCCCACAGCAUCGCAUGAUUCUGAGGCCUACAAGCGCUACAAUGCUGGGGUCAGCAUGGGCUGCUGGGGCAUGUGCAUCUAUGCAUUUAGUGCUGCUUUCUACUCAGCCAUUCUAGAGAAGCUAGAGGAACGCUUCUCUCUGCGCUCGCUGUAUUUCUUUGCCUACCUGGCGUUUGGCUUGGGCACGGGUCUGGCCACACUCUCCACCAACCUGUACGUGGUGCUGUCUCUUUGUGUCACCUAUGGUGUCCUGUUCUCCUCCCUCUGCACGCUACCUUAUUCACUGCUCUGUGAAUAUUACCAGAGCCCGGAGUUCUGCGGCUCCACAGAGGACGGCACCAGGAGAGGCAUGGGGGUGGACAUCUCUCUUCUCAGCUGCCAGUACUUCCUGGCCCAGAUCUUGGUCUCCGUGGCGAUGGGACCUCUGACCUCGUUGGUGGGCGGGGCUCAGGGAGUGAUGUACUUUGCGAGCCUCAUGUCAUUUGUGGGCUGCCUGUACUCCUCGCUGUGUGUGGUGUACCAGCUGCCACCUCCGGAGGGCAGAGCAGAUGUUGAGACCGGAGUAUGAGUGACUACAGCUCAGCUGUAAUGGAGAAGUGCAGACUACAGAAGAGAUGAGCAAACCAAAUCUACUUUUUUUGGCUUGGCGAACAGGCAACAGAUCAGAAAGACACUAGGAACUAAAGUGGACUCCUAAAGAAUAUUUAAAAAGCAGUAUGCCUUCUUGUGCCACUAGGGGGCAUACCUACUGCUUUUUAGUGCAAGUAACAAAAUGUCGAACUGUUUUUUUUUUUUCUUCUUUUUUUUUUCCCCCAGUGCUCAUCAGCUUUAAAUGGAGGCGGAAACAAUACAAUUCAAGUUAAACAUGUAAAUAAAGCUUAACAUUGGCUCUUUUUCGGUUAAUCUGAGUGUACUUAAAAAUACAUAUUUGUAUAUAGUAGAAGGAUAAAGAACAAGUAAACCAGGUAAGUGCUUUCCUGUGUUUUCAUAAAG